AUGGUGUUUCGAUAUCCAGUUCCCUUUUCAAAUGGAAAUGGUACUGUUAAUUAUGUCCCUUUGCCUAUUCGAGAUGAUGGUGAUGUAAGGAUAAUGUUCACCGUUGUCGCACAAUCUCCUCCUCCAAAUACUAUUGAAAUGUAUUGUCAAACUUCUUCCAUUGAUUAUCACCCUGUGCCUAGUAGCUUUACUACCCCAUUGCAUAUUGAAAGUCUAGGUCCAAGUCAACAUAUGGUAGAAAAUAACACAUCUUCCCCUAAGUAUAUGCAAAGUUAUGAUAAUGAUAUGGAACCUACAGUUAGGGUAGAUAUGGCAGGGGUUACUGAGUCAAUUGUAAUGACAGUUGGAAAUUAUGUUGAUAUUUUACCUGGAAAUGAUGAUGACAAUGUAGAGUUAUUUGAUGAAGAUGAUGGUAAUGAGGAUAUUAUGGACAUGGAGGAUAAUGAAAAUACAGAAAAUGAUGCAUCAUUGCUAGGUGGUGGUGAACAUGAUGUCCCUUCCCCAAUAUUUAGAGAAUUGAAUUGGGAUGUAAUUAACUCCAUCGCUGACAAGGAUUUAAUAGCACGCACUGGCUUAUGGAAUGAAUCAGAUGAAUUGUUUAAGGGUUUGCGGUUUGAGAGUAAGGUAGACUUACAAUAUGCUGUUAAACGUUAUUCUAUAUGUAGGAAUCAACAUUUGAUUGUUAUUGAAUCUGAGCCAGAUAUUUGGGCUGUAAAGUGUAAAAAAUGGUCUGAGGGUUGUAAUUGGAGGCUUCGUGCAUGUCGUCGUAAAUGUCAUGGUUUGUUUGAGAUAACAAAGUACAUAGGUCCUCACACUUGUGUUUACCCUAAACUAUCACAAGACCACUCACAAUUAGACUCAACCUUCAUUGCACGAGAAGUUCAAAAUGUAGUCCAAAGUGAUCACACAAUUUCAAUUGCUGCAUUACAUCAAAUAGUGAAAGAUAAAUUUGGUUAUAAUGUUCAUUACAAGAGGAUUUGGGAAGCAAAGAGGAAAGCAAUGAUAAGGAUAUUUGGUGAUUAG